UAAUCUGUUAGAAGACCACUAUCACCCGCCCCCUCACCACAAAAUUCUGACUUAUAAACAGGUCAGACACAGAUGUACAGUUUGACACACACACAUCAUCCAUCUUCUAUACAGCCAGUGCUGUCGGCAGCACCAAAAGACAACAGUAAAUAGCCAACAAUAAGUGUGCCUCCCAGGCAACCUCAACAUGAUUCUGUUGAAUAUUUGCGCUGCCCUCACUUUGUUCCUCCCCCAGCGCACACAUCAGUCCUGCACAGCGGGUUCCCCCAAGGAGUGUCUCAAGGCAGAUUUCGCUCCAGGCACCAAUCUGGCUGGGGAAGGCUUCGAUAUCACCGAGAUGAAGCGCAAGGGAGCAUUUGUUCUGGACAUGAAUAGGUGGAAACACAAGGACAAAACGUGCACCCUAUGCAACAACCCCUUCCUGGAGAAAGCGAAGCAGAAGCUUCCCCUAUCUGUGGAGGACUGGAGGGCCAAGCAGUCCUGCAACUCGAAGUUGUCAAGUACCAUUCACCGGUCCAGCGAGGCUCUCGUCAACUCCAUAAGCUCUGCUGUGGAAAACAACUGGAAGUACAGUCUGGACUUGAAUAGUGUCAAAUUCAUGCUGGCUGGCACAAAGUCAAAAAUUGCCGAGUACGCAAUGGAGAAAACAAAGAGAGACAAGUUCAGCUUCACCAGCCAAAAAAUAACCUGCGAGUACUACAGCUACCGAGUGUCCAGCAAGACUCGACUACACAGAGAUUUUCAAAAGGCACUGAAAGAUCUUCCAAAGACCUACAGCCCUCAAUACAAGGAAGGGUUUUACAGACUAAUCGACAACUUUGGCACUCAUUACAUCACAAAGGUGAAACUGGGAGGGUCUAUCCAGGCCGUGACCAGCAUCAAGCAGUGCCAGGCCAGCCUGCAGGACCUCAGCAUGGAGGAGGUGAAUAUGUGCCUGGAGGCCGAGGCUUCCGGCACCAUCAAAGUGACCCACGAAGCUCAGAUCAAACACUGCAAGAAGGACAUCGACAAGACGGAGAGCAAGAUGGCCUUCUCCAGCCUCUUCAAUGACAGGUCCACAGAUAUAAAGGGGGGUCACACCACUGAGAUGGACCUUCUCUUCUCUGCCGACAAAGACCCAUCUGCCUACAAGGAAUGGCUCAGCACUUUGCCUCAAUAUCCAGACAUCAUUUCGUAUUCCCUGGGGUCUCUGCACGAGUUGCUGCCGAUUACCAGUUCCGUUCGGAAAAACCUGCGCUCGGCCAUAAGUCACUACAUCCUGGAGCGGGCUCUGAUGAGGAACUGCAGUGGGCGCUGUGCGGUAGGCAUCAAGAGCGAGUCCCAGGACCCCUGUGCCUGCCAGUGCCACAACGAACCUGCCGUAAACCUGGACUGCUGCCCCUCCCGUAGGGGCAUGGCCCGGGUCAUCAUCACCGUCCAACGGGCCUCGGGUCUUUGGGGUGACCACAUUACAGCCACAGACGGCUACGUAAAGGUGAUUUUCAACAAGCGAGAGCAGCGUUCUCCUGUCAUUUACAACAACAACAACCCACACUGGGCCACCAUCGUGGAUUUGGGCACCCAGGACUUGUCAGCGGCCCCUAAAGUCACAUUUGAGGUGUGGGAUAAGGACAGCGGCUGGGAUGACGACCUUCUGGGAAAAUGCGAUCGAGUACUAACAGCGGGUGUGCAGAUGGAUGUGUGCGCCAUGCACAAGGGAAAGUUUUUCUACAAAUGGGAAGUGGAAUGCGCGCCCAGUCUGGGUGGCAGGUCAUGCGCGGAGUACAAACCUUCGCCCAUGAGUCCGAGUUUGAUGAGCUUCUACGUGUCCCGCCAUGCUCACCGCGUUCCGCAAGCCGAACUGCUGAGGAUGGGGGUCUUUGCCAACAGUAGCAGCGCAUAGUCUAACCAGUCAGUUUGAGAAAGCCGUCACCGUGAGAGACCAUCAUGAAAGUCGACUUUAAUGAGCGUGCGAGUGUUUACUGCUUUGUAGCUUUUCAUUCUGGAUUUGGGCAUUUUUUUCCAUGAUGCUUGCUUGUUUUGAAUUAAAAAAAAAAAAAAAAGAAUAAAAAAACAGUUCUUUGUAAUAGGCGCUAAACCUUAGUUUGCUGCGUCAUGAAACAGGAAGCGGUGACAUUUCCUGUGAACAAAUGAGGUGUCAAUCGGUGGCGUGUGAAGGCACAUGUGGUACGAAAUGUUCUUAAGUCUCUCGACCUAUGAAAUUCGUAGGAUGGAACGAAUACAAAGACGGUGUUAUUUA